AUGGCUGCCACAGUAGAGUACUGUUGCUCUCAAACUGCUGUAAUACCACUGUGGCCAUGUUACUCAGUAUUUAAGAUAGAAUUCGCAAACCCUGCAUCUCCCUUGUCAUCUGUAUACCGCUACACUAGCAAGUUUAUGGCAAGAAAUGAUGAAGCACAAUAUGCAGACCACCCAGAUUGUGUGUUCACCCUGGAAGGGCCACCAAACUCACGUAUAGAACUGCAGCUACACAAUGUUGUAAUUCAGCGACCAGGUUAUGUAAGCACAUCAUCACAUGAAGCUAGAAACUGUUCUAUGGGAACUGUACGAAUCUACAAUUUCACUGUGACUGGUGAUCUUGUUCAAGUCAGUGAGGUUUGUAGUUCGUUUCAGACAGGAAUUAAGCUACUGAGUGAUACCAAUGUUGCAGUUGUUACAUCAACCAUAGCUACAGGUCACUUUGACCUUGAGGCUACUGUCAUUCCACAAAAUAAUACUGGCAGAAAUGAACUAACAAGAAGACUGCCAACAAGGAAAGAAAAUAUUAUACACCUUGGCCACUCUCAGAAUGAGGUGAAUGUAAUACAUAAACUACUAAAUCCUCUUAAAUCAAAAUCACUUUCUGAGAAGCUAUCCUCCGGUACUUCAGAUGAGUUGAUUCAUGAGGAAGUAUCUGAAGAUUCUGACUAUUAUGAAGACUACAAUAAUGUGGACAGCAAAGAUGACUUCAACAAUCUCAAGAACAAAUUAAAUAGGCCUACUGAUCACACAUUUAACCAUGAUUUAAACAGUGAGCUGAAUGAAGAAGAAAAUAAUCAGUUGAAUCAUAAAGUCCGCCAAUUUAAUCAGCCCAUGAAUAAUCAGCUUCAUCAUCAAAGAAACGGUGUGGAAAAUAUGUUUUCUCAACAACAUAAUAGCCUUUCAAGCCAACUUGUGAAUCAUCAGACAGGAAACCAGUUCAUGGAACAGAACAGUCCGCUGAACAAACCUGUGAAUCAAUCUAAGGGAAACCAACAGAAUGUCAAAUUACAUCCCACAGGAAAUCAACAACAAAAUGGCCAAAUGAGCCAUACUACAGAUCACACACUUGAAAAUCAGUUUAUUCAACAAAAUGAACAUUUAAAUCAACACAUCAAUCACUUGGUAGGAAAUGAUUUUAAUCAACGCCUGAAUGACCACAGAAAUCAACCUAUGAAUCAGUUCAAUAAUUCUGUGAGUAAUCAAUUUACUCAUCAACUGAAUCAAGCACAAAAUCAAUUAAUCAGUCACAUAAUAAGUCAACUUACAAACACUCAGAAUUAUGUACAUCAACCAAAUCAGCUACAUCAAGGAGCAAGAGAUCAGAUGAUACAACAAACUGAUCAGACAAAUCAACUGACAGAUAAGCUACUUCAACUGACAGUGCAAAAUAACGACCAUGCUAAUAAAGCAGACAAUUUCCAACAGAAUGCUCAAAUGAAGCAACUGCUGAAACUACUAAUUACAGCAGCAGAAAAUCAGGUUCAAGGACAACAGAAUCAAUUAAUCAGUGACAUAAGUCAACUCAGAGGCACUCAGAAGUAUGUACAUCAAUCAAAUCAGCUACAUCAAGGAGCAAGAGAUCAGGUGAUACAACAAACUGAUCAGACAAAUCAACUGACAGAUAUGUUACUUCAACUGACAGUGCAAAAUAACGACCCUGCUAAUAAAGCAGACAAUUUUCAACAGAAUGAUCAAAUGAAGCACUUGAUGAAUCUACUAAAUACAGCACCAGUAAAUCAGGUUCAAGGCCAACAGAAUGGACCAUCCAGUGAACUGGCAAAUUACAUAAUAGACCCUACAAGCACUCAAAUGUCACAACAAAAUGUUCAAAUCAGUCCACUUGCAACUCAGUCAAUUCAUCCUGUCAGCACACAGCUCAUUCAGCAAGAAAAUGACCAACCAAGUCAAUCUGUUAAAGGAUUUCAUUCAUUCUUUCAUCCACAGUAUACACAAGUCAGUCAACCCAUGGGUCAUGCGAUUCAUACUGCAAAGAGUGAAGCCAAUGAUCAAAAGAAAGAUCAACCCAGUAUACCCAUAGAUGCAAUUAUCAAUUCUGCAAGUAAUCACUUCAGUGAUACAGGCAAAGCCAAUAAAAUUGAAAAUAAUUUAAUGCACCUCAUACAUAAUCAGAUUACUGAUCAAAAGACAGACCAAACAAACCAGUAUGUGAACAAAUUAAUUCACCCCCCCAUUAAAGAAAUGGAUGAUUAUCAGAAAAUCAGUAGUCAGCCUAGUGCUUAUCAGCUUAGUGACAAUGACAAAUUUCAAGAAUACCAAAACAUGGCUAGUAAUCUUGCUCUGAACAUUAUAUCUGAUCAAUCAAGUCUGCUGAAUGACGUUCCUUCAGAAAAGAAGAUUAUGUUUCCUGUCAUUAAUAAAUUCAAUAACAUUUUAGGCAAUCAGACAACUUAUCGUGAGAAUAGCAAAUUUACAAAUAAUAACAAAUAUCUCUUUCCCAACAUAACAGAAAACAAAACCAUCAACAAUGAACCUUCUGAAAAUAAAGAUGAAAUCAAUUACUGUGCAGAAGAACCCCCUGUUCAAGUGGAUAUUUCAACACCACAGUUCAAUACUGUAACAUUUACAAGAAUAAUUAACUAA